CCAAUGAAUAGAUGAAUGCGAGUGAAAAGAAUGUUAAUAAGAACCUGACAAGAUUUAAUGUAAAGUACAUACUCGUAUGUAGACCCGCUCAGAGAGCAGUCCUGCAAUCACACCACACCACUCUCUCUCUCUCUACCGUAUUCUUGCUCCACUUGCUUUUACAGCUCACUCAAACAAUGGCCGCAGAGUUUACUAGCUCGCACGCACAAUGCACACGGCUCAUUCUCACGCUCCCCCACAUGUGCAUUUACAAAUGUACAUAUGUAUGUAUGUAUGUAUGUACACAGUGAGGACAGCUGGCUCAUUCACUCUCACUCUUACUCUCGCGGUCAUUCUCAGGCCCGCACUGAGCAAACAAUAAACAAUUGGGCAAACAACAUAAAUAAUACUUAUAAUAAGCGGCUACAAACUGUCAUCAUUAAUUAUUUUCUCACUUUAAACCUGAGCGGAACGUGUUGGCCGGCAGGACGAUGAAGGAGGCUCUGCCGUUGGCGGUGCUGCUGCUGUGGCUAGGAGCGGCGCUGCCGCCUAGCUCCGGAUCGGCUGUGCUCAUCUCGGACAUGACCAUGACUGUGAUGGUGGAGCUCUCGUCCCGGCAUCCCUUCUGCAAGAUGCACAGAGAUCGUGGCGACAUUCAACGGAUGCUGCUGCAGUCGGAUCCACGACGCAUCCGCCAGGUGCCGCGCGAGUCGGUAAUGGAGCUGGAGGAGGUGUGCCGGCAUCAGGGCUCCUAUGGUCAUGAGUUCCGCGGCGGCCUGGGCUUCAUCUAUCCGGGGACCAAAUGGUGUGGACCCGGGACAGCGGCCACCAGCUACGACGAUCUAGGCGCCCAUACGCGGGAGGAUAGAUGCUGUCGCGAGCACGACAUGUGCCCAGAUGUCCUGAACGUGGGCGAGUGCAGGCGGGGAUUGUGCAACCGGGGUACCUUCACCCGGUCUCACUGUGACUGCGACGCGAGAUUCCGGCGCUGCCUGCAGGCGGCCAACACGGAGACGGCCAAUACUUUGGGAGCGAUCUUCUACAAUGUGGUGCAGGUGACGUGCUUCCAGGAGCGCAGUCCCUGCUCGGCGCACCAGAGGUUCGAGGAUUUCUAUUACCGCACCAAUCAGUGCCCGGCCGAGUUCCGGCAGGCGGACCUUUAUGUUCCACCGCACGGGGACAAUCUGAUAGCCAAGAUCCUGGCCCAUCCAGUGCAGCAAAGUCGUUCCCUGGCCGCCGCCGCACCGGCCCUGGCCCCGGCCAAGCUCACGGCCCGCCGCUUUGGCGUUAAGCUUGCCAGCGUCGGCCUGGCGGCAGUCAACAUUAUCCGUGAGGUGGUCCAGCGGCCGCGUCUUCUUUGGGAGAGCCUGCAGGCGCCCGUCAGCCGGGAGCUGCCACCGCGGUUCGGGGGAUCGCCGCCAGGCGGCUACUACUACGAGCGGCCAGGGCCAGGGUCGUCAUAUGGCUAUGGUAGCUACGGCUCUCGUUGGAGCUGAUGGUGGGAGCCGAGAGAGCUCAGAAGACUGUUCCCGUGUAGUAUUAGUAGUCAUAAGUAGUAGUCACUGCCAGUAGAGCCAGUAGAGCCAGUCCACUUAGCCAUAUGCAUGUGUGAUUCGAUUCCUGUUCCUGCUCCCGUUCCCCAUUCCAAUUCCCCCUCACGCUCGGCAUAUCCAUUAGCUAGUUGACCACCUCCACUUCCUCCAAUAAACUCGUUGAGAACUAUUAUCCAUAA